AAUCUUCAGUUUCAGGUAACUUUAUGUUCUUAGAAAUGUUUCUUCACGAUGACCACUUGUAUCUUCUUCACUCUUUUAAAAGACAAAAAGGAUUGUGUGUAUGUGUAUUUGUGUCUGUGGCUGUGUGUAGAAGAAAAACAGAAAAUUCUUCUUUAACGAAGAGAAAGUCGGUCUCGAGAAAAGAGAGGAUGGUGCUCUUUGCACUGAACUCAAGACGACUGUCUGGCACUGUUGAUUCUAAGUUUAGAUUUCUCUUCUUCUACGAGGGAAAAACAUUAUUAGAGGUGGUGGUAAUGGUGGUGGUGGUGGUGGUGGUGGUUGUGGUGUUACACUUGUUACGAGAUCAAGUGGGGAAUGACAGAAAAGUCAACCAGGUGGUAACGAUACUGUUGUCACUGAAAUUACACACACUAUUCUUAUUCUUAUUAGUUGUAUUAGCUAUAGCGGUAAAGGCAACGGAAAAAAUAAGAAAUGCACCUUGCAUCGAUGACAACAAGUUUUAUCGAAAUCCUAACACACCUGCUUACAACGUUUGGUCACCCUCCGAAUGUGCCAAAUAUUAUUUGUGUUUAGACAACGAAGUAUUCGAAUUUAAAUGCUCGCAAGGAUUACUUUUUGAUGUGACGAGACAAAUAUGCGAUUAUAAAGUGAACGUUGACAAUUGCGAUGUAACGAUUGAGCCACAAUCGCCAAAACCUUUGUUAGAAAAUGGCAAAUGCGAUGAGAAAAGUUUGGCUUGCGGUGAUGGAACCUGUCUUCCGGCUUUGUACUUUUGUGACGGAAGUAUCGAUUGUCCUGACGGAUCUGACGAAAGUUGGUGCGAUAUGAGAAAUGAUCCAAGAGCUGCAAUUGAAUGUGAUGAAAGCAAAUGUCAAUUACCAGAUUGUUGGUGUUCAAAAGAUGGUACACGCGUGCCAGGAAAUUUAUCAAUUUCCGUCAUUCCACAAAUGAUUACAAUUACUUUCAGUGAUGCUAUCAAUGCUGAGAAUUUUGAUCUCUUCACAAAGAUAUUUUCAAACGAUAAAAGGAAUCCAAAUGGUUGUCCCAUUCGUGGAACAUUUUAUGUUAGUCAUCAAUUUACUAAUUACAGAGAUGUUCAAUAUUUGUGGAAUAAAGGUCACGAAAUUGCAGUACAUUCCAUUACUCAUCGUGGACCGGAAGAAUGGUGGUCACGAAAUGCAACAGUUGAAGAUUGGUUUGAUGAAAUGGUUGGUGUAGCAAAUAUUAUUAACAAAUAUGCUGCCGUAAGGAUUGAGGAUAUUAAAGGAUUACGAGCACCUUUUUUACAAGUUGGAUGGAACCGUCAAUUUUUAAUGAUGUUAGAAUUUGGAUUCGUAUACGAUUCAUCCAUAAUUGUACCAUUUUCAGAUACACCAUUGUGGCCUUAUACUUUUGAUUACAAAAUACCACACGUGUGCGUACAAUCGGAACAGUUUUGUCCCACGCGUGUUUAUCCUGGUGUAUGGGAACUUCCAUUAAACCAAUUUGUAGCAGGUGAAUACACUUGCGCAACAAUGAAUUCCUGUCCAUCUAAUUUAUCAGUCAAUGAAGUUUACGAAAUGUUAAUGUUUAAUUUCAAAAGACAUUAUCUUAGCAAUCGGGCACCUAUGGGUCUUCAUUUUCAUACAUCGUGGUUUCAAAGUUCAACGUAUUAUCAUGCAUUUAAUAAAUUUUUGGAAGAUUUACUUCGACUACCAGAUGUAUAUUUCGUAACGGGUCAUCAAGUUAUAAAAUGGAUGCAUUCACCGACACCAUUAGAUCAACUUCACAAAUUUGAAUCAUGGCAAUGCAAUGAGCGUCAAUUUGAAAAAUUUGAAGUUGCAUGUGACGUACCUACAACUUGUUCACUUCCUAGUAAAAUAUUGAAGUCUUACAGAGAUUUAUAUACAUGUUUUGAAUGUCCAAAAGAAUAUCCAUGGUUGAGAAAUGAAUUUGGACAAGAUUAAACGUAUUCGAAUAUACAGGAUAUUUGAGAUUUAUAAUCAUAGAUCAUUGAAAACAUUUAUUCAUAGAAUUCAUUCAAAAUUUAUGACACUAUUUGAUAGAAAUAAUCUCAGACACCCUGUAUAAUAUAUAUCGUUAUC